CCCUACAUCAUCGGUAAAGUCAAGACAUCAAAUCACCACUCCAAAACAUCAAUCAACCUACUAAACAAUCAGAGUAAAAGGACCAAAAUGGCUCUCCCAGACUACAAAAAGGCCUUCCUAGGCGACUGCGUAUCAGCAGGCGCUCUAAAAUUCGGCACCUUCACUCUAAAAUCCAAGCGUGUAUCGCCCUACUUCUUCAACGCGGGGCUCUUCCACCGCGCCGACCUUCUGCGCUCCAUAUCCUCCGCCUACGCGCACACACUAGCCACGCACGGAUCCUCAGACGCCAGCUUCCAAUGGGACAUCCUCUUCGGGCCAGCCUACAAGGGGAUCCCCCUAGCAGCCGCCACAGUGGACAAGCUCGCAUCGCUGGACAUGGCCGCGUACGGGCAGAAGAGCUACAGCUUCAACCGCAAGGAAGCCAAGACGCACGGGGAGGGGGGCAACAUCGUCGGGGCUUCGCUCAAGGGGCGGAAGAUUGUUAUCGUCGACGAUGUGAUUACAGCGGGCACUGCGAUUCGCGAGGCUAUUGAGAUUAUCAAGCAGGAGGGGGGCGAGCUGGUGGGGAUUAUCGUGGCGUUUGAUCGCAGGGAGAAGAUGCCUACUGCUAGUGAUGAUGAUGGGAAGCCUGGUCCUAGUGCGAUUGGGGAGGUUAGGAAACAGUAUGGCAUUCCUGUGCUGGCUAUUCUUACCAUGGAUGAUGUGGUGGAGUAUUUGAGGAGUUUGGGCGGGGAGGAGGAUCUGAAGAGGUUGGAUGAGUAUCGGGCCAAGUACCGUGCUAGCGAUUAAGUGGGGAAAUCAAGGACGACGGUGUCAAAAGGGAUGGGAUGGGUUGGAUCUUACGAAUUAUGCGCUCACGAUGAACAUGCCGUGAGCAUUUCUCCUUUAGUGGAGAAUGUCAAUUCGAAAUUCAUUUCAAGAUGCAGUAAAUUGAAGAUAAGGUAUAUGCCAAAGUAUAAAAAAACAACGCUUCUCAAUCA